UCGAUAGACGGAUCCAAGGUGUAAGUAAUGCAUGGUGUUAUUAGAAGGGGAGUGUGUGUCUUCCGUGUAAAUAAGUAUCCCCUGGGUCUUUGUUGACCCUGUCUGACUCUUACAAUGGCGGAAGGAGGUCUUCCUUCGGAACUGGACUUACACCUACUGGAAUGUCCAAUUUGCCUGGAGCGACUUCAGCAACCCAAGUCCUUAUCCUGUCUCCACUCCUUCUGUCAGGAUUGUCUCGGGACUUAUAUCACCAAGGAGGUGUCCGGGAAGAUGGCGUCGGCAACAACAUUCCCUUGUCCAGUUUGUAGGAGGAUGACCCAUCCGGUCAAUCAGGCUGAAACCAAGGAUAAAUGGGCAGGACAAUUUCCGACUAAUACUGUGAUCCAGGAUCUUAUCCAACUUAGGGAACGUUCGUCCGAACCAUUACAUGGCAAACCAUGCCAGACAAGAGGAAAUAUAACCAGCCCAGCAAAAUUUUGGUGCAAAGCGAUGAACAUCAGCUUUUGUGAGACUUGUAAGAUACAACAUCACGAUAUCUUACAUAAAGACUGUGGUAUACUGAAUGUCACUGGAAACCAAAGCAAACGACCGAAUAAGGAAACGUAUGCCCCUCGUUGUUAUCAACACGGCGAAAGAAUGGUUCGGUAUUGUGAGGACCACCAACUUCUGUGCUGUAACGAAUGCGUGAUCGAAGACCAUAGGAGAUGUGAACAAGUGCCAAAGGUGACGGAAUAUUGUCAGAAGGUAAAAGCAGGAUCGCAGCUAGAAGACAUGCAGGCGGCGUUGAAGAAAGGAAAAGAGAGUAUGAACGCAUUAGUAAAGGACUUUGAUGAACAGCUCCAAACCAUGAUACAGAACCAGGAAAUGGUACUUCAGAGCAUCUCCGACCUGCGUCAAAAUGUCGAUAAACGACUGGACAAACUUCAGAAAGACAUCACCGACGAGUUAAUCAAAUUGUUCAAGAAUGAGAAAAGAGACAUGGAGGAAUCAUUACGGCAGUGCGAACGUCUGAUGAACGGAAUGAAAAAUACCUUGAAGUCAUCCAUUAAAGCCGUAGAGGAAAACGACAACAUUGAGACGAUAGUGUUUUAUCAGAGAGGACAGGCAGAAGUGGAGUCGUGUAAGACCCUUGUCACGGAGAUGAGCAAGUCAUUUACAUCCGUCAGUAUCGAGCAUCAAAUUGUUCCCGGACAUGAUACCAUUAGCGAUGACUUGAUGGGAAAGAUCGUCGUCAAGAUACAACCACGAUGCAUCCCUGGGGGCCAUAGCGAUUUAGGAAAAUCAAUGUCAGUACGACGUGUGAAAGAAAUCGGAAAGUUCAGCAUCAAGACCCCGUCAGAUAAAAAGGAUUCCUGUUCAUAUGGUGUUGCGUACUUGUCAUGUGCCCAAAUAGUAGUAAGUGAUUACAGCAAGCAAAAGCUAGAGUUGUUUACAGAUAAAGGACAGUACCUGCACGAGUUGACCGUUCGUGGAAAUCCCUGGGAUAUGUGUCGGGUGGACACCAACACGGUAGCGGUCGCUGUCACCAUUCCUGGUGGUAUAUGUGUCGUAAAGGUCGAAGCCUCAAAACUCUUCCUGACAUAUGAGAUCAACAUGUCAAAUGGUAAACCCUGUUAUGGUAUAACACAUAUAGACGGGAAGUUUGUCGUGAGCACAGGUCGGGAAGUAUACAGUGUGACACAGGACGGAGCAGCUAAGUUGUUAUAUAAUUAUAAUAACUUCUGUUGUUCUUUAACACAUGAUCCAAUAAAGGGUGACACACUCGUCAGUGUGAGUAACAACACCCCGGGGGUCGUCGCGGUAUCUAGGUUGUCGGCUGACAAACGUCAUACGGAUGUGAUGAAGGUCGGUGUCGUGAAGGAUGCAAGGGGAAUAGACGUGGACAGGGAGGGUAACAUAUACGUAUGUAGUGGGAAACCAUACAACAUCGUACAGAUGUCUUGGGACGGAACACACGUCAGGAAACUUAUGACGUCAUCAGAUGGAUUUGACUCUACACAUGCAAUAUCUGUUUGUGGUGACACAUUUGUGGUAACUAAUACUGGUACUACAGGCGAUAACUUUAUCCGUGUCUUUCAGCUGUACUAAUUAAGAUAAACGAAAAUCAAUGUGUGCUGAACACUAAGAAUGUAGGUGCACAUCGUAACGACUGAAUACACACCGUUCAUAGAUUUAUAUAAAUUUUACCUCAGACAAUUAGGAGCUGGUGUAAACACAAAAGAAAUCAGUUGCUCAAAUUGUUUAGGACGUUUUAGUGUAAUUGUGUUAAACCUAUAGAUUUACAACAAAGCAAAUCGAAUCCAAUCAGAUACUUAAAUUACAUUGUUUUAUCUGUAUUACUUAUCAUUUGUACAAAGUAUGUUAAGUGUAUUGAUAAUUAGUACACGUGCUUUAUAAAAUGAGUAAAUAUACACCACCUGAUUAUAUCUUUGUUUCCAUGUGAAUUAUAAAACCAAUAGAUAUGCGUGUUAUCGACAUAGCGUGAGAACGAUUAUAAAAUCAUAUUUAGAUAAAUGUUUGAUACAACCACGUAAGUAAUAACAAGAAGAGCUAUGGAAAUAGACGUGGACAGGGAAGGUAACAUCUAUGUGUGUGAUCAUUAUUCACACAGCGUAAAACAAAUGUCUAUGAACGGAACACACGUCAGAUAACUGCUGACGUCAUCAAAUGGAAUGGCUAAUCCCUGACGAGACGAAAUGAAUUAUAUCCGUGUUUUUCAAAUGUGCUAAAUGAAGUAAAAUUGAAAACAAAUGUGUAUUUGAAAUAUAUGCUAUAUAUGUUUGGGGUGACAUAUUUGUGGUAAUUAGUACUACUGACGAGAGGAACGUUAUCCGUGUCUUUCAGCUGUACUAAUUAAAAUAAAGGAAAAUCAAUGUGUGCUGAACACUUAGAAUGUAGGCGUAUAUCGUAACGACAGAAUACACACCGUGCAUAUAUUUAUAUAAAUUGUACUUCAGACUUUAAAGAGCUGGUGGUAACACAAAAGAAUUCAGUUUCUCAAAAUGUUUAGCAAUGUUUUAGUGUGAUUGUGUAAAAUCUAUAGCUUUAUAACAAAGCUAAACAAAUACAAUCAUAUAUUUGAAAUACAUUGAUUGUUUUAUCUUUAUUACAUAUUAUAUAUACAUAUAAAUAGUAUGUUUAGUGUAUUGAUAGUUAUACGUGAUUUAUAAAAUGAAUGA